CACUUUACUUCUUUAGUAUUGGUACGUGAAUAAGACCAGAUUCCAUUCACCUAUAUAAAUAUUUCAUGUUAAACGUGCAAGAGACCCUCUUUCUGACAAGACUCGAGUUUCUCUCCGCUUUCACCGAUGGAUCGAAUCCAGCACAAGUUUGUGAAGGUUGGUGAUGGUCUCAAUCUCCACGUCGCAGAAAUCGGAAGCGGUGGAAACGCCGUCGUAUUCUUGCACGGUUUCCCUGAGAUAUGGUACUCGUGGCGGCACCAGAUGAUAGCUCUUGCCGAUGCUGGAUUCAGAGCCAUCGCCUUCGAUUACAGAGGCUAUGGUCUCUCCGAUCCUCCAUCCCAACCCGAGAAGGCCACCUGGUCCGAUAUUCUCAACGACCUCCUUCAUAUUCUUCAAGCUUUUCAUAUUCCAAAGGUGUUUCUUGUUGGAAAAGAUUUUGGAGCUCGUCCUGCACAUCUAUUUUCCAUUCUACACCCUGAAAGGGUCUUGGGAGUUGUUACAUUGGGAGUUCCAUUUAUUCCUCCAGGACCCUCUCUCUUUCACAAACUCCUUCCCGAAGGCUUCUACAUUUUGAGAUGGAAGGAACCUGGGAGGGCAGAAGCUGAUUUUGGACGCUUUGAUACAAAAACUGUUGUGCGUAACAUUUACAUCCUCUUCUCCAGAAGUGAAAUACCAAUAGCUAAUGAAAAGCAGGAGAUCAUGGAUCUGGUGGAACCUGACACUCCUCUUCCCUCUUGGUUCACUGAGGAAGAUCUUGCAACAUACGGUGCCUUGUAUGAGAAAUCUGGAUUCCAAAAUGCAUUGCAGGUUCCAUAUAGGUCAUUUGAUGAAGUGUUCAACUUACCAGAUAACGUGGUUAGAGUUCCGGCACUUUUGAUAAUGGGUGGCAAGGAUUAUUUUCUGAAGUUUCCUGGGAUUGAGGAUUUAUUAACAAAGGGUGAAAAAGCAAGAGAGCAUGCUCCCAAUUUGGAAGUUACAUUUAUAGCAGAGGGAACUCAUUUUGUUCAAGAACAGUUUCCUGAGCAGGUGAAUCGACUUAUUCUGGAUUUCCUUACCAAGCACACUUAGCCAAAAGUGCAGGACUUUCUUCAUGAAUGGUGUAUGAGGGAGCUUUUCUAUGACACUUUAGCCAUCCACACUUCAGAAAAAAAUAAGGAAUGAAAUUAGUUUUUAUGUAACUUCAACUUACAUAUAUAUUGGCCCUCUUUAGCACCAGGGGCGUUGACCCAUUUAUUAUUUUAUUUUAAUAUAUAUUUAUUAAAAGUACACUUAAAUAUUUAAA